GGCUCUUCUUAAUUGCAGACAUGUGGCAGGAGUUUCUGCAGACUGUCCGGUCUUUUGACACAUCUCAGCAAAAUGUGAUCACAGCAUCUUGUGUUGUAGGAGGUGGAAGCCUCCUGAUUUACUGGCUCCUGACGAGGCGCAGGAUGAAGACCCUAGAAAUAGGAGAUGGAUGGUGGGGGUUAGGUGAAAAACCAUCAAGAAGUCAAGAAAAUCAUAUGAUUAGACCAUUCCAAGUGAAAACGUCUGAGAAAGAAAUCCAGGAUUUGUACCGAAGGCUUGACCAGACUCGCUAUACACCACCACUAGAGGGAGCUGCCUUUCAUUAUGGUUUCAACUCAGACUAUUUGCAGAAAGUGGUCUCCUAUUGGAGAAAUCAGUUUGACUGGGAGAAACAAGUUAAAAUCCUUAACCAGUACCCACAUUAUAAAACUACUAUUGAAGGGAUAGAAGUUCAUUUCAUUCGUGUGAAACCAUCUCAUAUCUUAGAAGACCAAAUUGUCAGACCUUUGCUGAUGGUGCAUGGCUGGCCUGGCUCCUUUUAUGAAUUUUACAAGAUCAUUCCUUUGCUUAUUAAUCCACCCGGUCGUGUUUCAAACAGUGAAGAUGUAGUCUUUGAGAUCAUUUGUCCAUCCAUCCCGGGCUAUGGCUUUUCUGAGCCUCCCCACCAUCAGGGUUUUAACUCAUUAGCUGCUGCUCGGAUUUUUCACACGCUGAUGCAGAGAUUGGGUUUCCAGGAAUAUUACUUGCAAGGUGGAGACUGGGGCUCCCAAAUCACCAUGAACAUGGCACAGAUGCUGCCAAAGUAA